UGCUGCUGUCAUAGAUUGUAAAGUGAAGGAGCCGUCUGGAGCGCGCGCAGCAAAAAGAUGGAGCUGACGGCGAUAGGAGACCAGGUUUUCGCCGCGGAAGCUAUCCUCAAGAGCCGUGUUAGAAAAGGUCAUAUCGAGUACCUGGUUAAGUGGAAAGGUUGGGCAUUGAAACACAGCACGUGGGAACCAGAGGCGAACAUUCUGGAUGAUCGACUCAUCGCAGCCUUCGAGCAGAAGGAACGGGAGCAAGAACUUUACGGCCCGAAGAAACGUGGACCUAAACCAAAAAACUUUUUAAUGAAGGCACGAGCACAAGCGGGUGAAACACCUCGAAGCUCAAAACCCCGGCGUGCUCCACCUUGCACUACUGCGAGACCACCCCCUUCUGCGAGUGCACCUCCUUCAUCUUCUGCGAGUUCAGUGGAUCCUCCGCGGCCUUCAUCGUCAUCAUCCUACUCUACGGCUCCAACCCCCAGGGUUCACUCCCUAGCUGCUGCUCACAAACUGAAGAAGGACAUCCACCGGUGCCACAGGAUGUCUCGUCGAACUUUGCCGCGACCUGACCCCAUGGCCAACCCCUUCUCAUCCCGUCCUCCCAUCUCGCCUUUCUCUGAAACGGUCCGCAUCCUCAACCGCAAGGUCAAACCGCGGGAGGUCAAGCGAGGUCGUAUAAUCUUGAACCUGAAGGUCAUCGACAAAUCUGAAAGCGGUGGCGUGGCCAGUAGAAGGACGCCGCAGAUGUAUGGAGGACGGGCGAAAAUCCCAUCCCGGAAUCGUAUAAUAGGGAAAAGGCAAGGGGAAUUGCCCUACAGGCCAUUCCAGAAUCCUAUGAAAAUGUUGGGCUUCCCUAUGUAUGGACAACCUUUUGGGCUUCAUCCCGGUGGGUCAUUAUCUUCCACGACCAAUGAAGGGUCGGAUGCCAGAAGCAAUCGGACAGGCGGUAGCCAGUCGACUCAGAAGUUUCAGAACCAGCCUCCACCUUCUCCAUCCAGCUCCAGCAAAUCUAACGGCAGCUCUCCUUCACUUUCUCACAAACAGCCCCAUGCCGAAACGUCUUCUCCGACUAAAGCGAGCUCCCAAGCCUACGCUUCAUCGUCUCCACCUUCCGAGGACGAAGGCCAGGGCUCUCCGAAUCCGCCCACGUCUCGAGGUGGAAAGCGAAACCUUCGUCGACGCCCCCAAGCUGCUCGGGCUUCUACUGCUCAGUGAUCCCGUCUUUCCACAGCCUAGCCUUUUGCCCAAUUGAACCUUCUCUUGUCACCUGCAGUCCUGUAGAGACCACCAAAUCCAUAUCUCCAGCACUUACUCCCACGAAAUGUUCCUUCUCAUCAACCAGCUUUCAGACAAACUUUUCUCAAUCCAAGUAACACAAGGGGACCGACUGCACCAAUACGGUUUCAAAGUCUCGGUUAUUUCAUGCACACGCAAUAUGCUUUUUCAAGAUUCAGCCAGUUGUAGUUGAAGAUAAAUUGUAAAUUGACACUCGUUAUGGCAGUAUAUGCCUUGUAAGGCCACGGCAUCCAAAUCUUCAAAUUUAAAUUUUCCAUCGUUCUCUAAGCCAUCAUGUGUAUAAGCACGCACAAAGCUGCAAAAUCCAGACAACGGUUAUGUUACUUUCCUUUGCUUUGAUCCAGAUGUCCACCAAGACUCUAAACUGACGUAUUUCCAAACGUGAAUGCUAAGGACUGCAUCCUGAAUGUGGUACUGUAUGUCAAACCUUCCACAUACUUGACCACCCUUUUCCCUUCUUUGAGAAGUAUCUUCUCCCCUUUGCCUUCUGACUACAAUAGUUACUACCAUAGUCAUGUAGUAUCUGUAUCUUUGGGACUGGUAACCAGCAGUAAUCUCUCACAUAACUAUUGAGGAGUUCAACACUCCUCAAUAGUCUUCUAUGAAUCUACCAAAUGUAACAAAUUGCCUUGGUUGAUACAACCCAUUCACGCACUGUUAAAUUAUACAGUCUGGGACCAUGUCUAUCGUGUGUGAUGCUGGUGACUGCAUGUAGGUGAUACAUUAACUUUGUCCUGUAAUCCGUGCACAUGUCUGACCGGGUGCUAGCAUUGAGAAAACAGACCUGGGAUAAAUCUUGAUUUUUUUAAAAAUGUUAAUGCUUUUUGAAGACACCUCAAGAAGGUUUGAUGUGACAGUUUUUUAGCUUAUGUGUGCUAGUUGUAUAAGGGCCGUACAAAUGCAUUGACAGCUAAAUGUUGGUUAACUUUAGGGCUGUGUAUUGGCAAGUGCCUCCCGAUACGAUACAUAUCAUGAUAGAUGGGUCACGAUACAAUAUAUUUCUAUGUAUUUCGAUACGAUACACAUUUGAGAUAUAUUGCAAUACUUUAAAUAGAAAAUGUAAAAAGUAGAGCUAGAAAUACAACAUGCUGUGCACCACCGGGGGUUUUCUGUAAGGAUAAGUGUAAAAACAUCCCUUACCUCUGCAGAGUGGCCAUGAUGUGCGAUGCAUGGACCUUUAGAUCAGAGGUUUGGGUUCUCAAACUGUGGAUUGCGCCCAUCAAGUGGGUAGCACAGGGGAAUAAUGUGGCUCACGCAAGUCACUUGGCUGUUGUGGUGCAUUACAGUUAAAACACUGAACAUGGGCAGUAUAAAACUCCUGGUUCAUCUGUGCUGUAAAUGCGCUGGUGUCACAAUCCAAGAAAGCACAAUAAAUGUCAUUGUUACUUUUCUUAAUAAACUUUUUGUCUAAUGCACUGCAGUAGCCAAGUGACUUGUGUCAUGACUUGCGAAGCCUACAAACAGCAUUAUUUGAUAUAACUCAUUACUCCAUGACUUAUUUAGAAAACCAAAGCACACCCACACAACAGCUCUGAGAGCUCCAAGCAUUCUUAUAUUUUUCGCCAUGUUCGCUUCCACUUACUUUUGGCCGUAUGUAUAUGACAUGAUUUAAAAAAAAUAUAUCGAUAGUAGAGGUAUUGCUGUGAUUUAAAGGUCCAGUGCAUGAGAUUUCUAGUGGUGAGUUUGAGAAUUGCAACCAACGGCUCACUCCACCCCUCCGUUUUGAAGUACUACGGCGGUUGACACAGAAUUAAGAUCGCAGAUUCGUGACACAGAAGUCGUCACGUUUUCGCUUUGCCGAAGGAGAUAAUGUAUUUACGAAACACGUUCUGUAGAGCAGUUUGUCCGUUUAGGGUUACUGUAGAAACAACAUGGUGGAUUCCAUGUAAGGGGACCUGCGGUGUAUGUAGAUAGAAAUAGUUCAUUCUAAGAUAAUAAAAACAUAACGCUAUUAUAAUAAUUAUAAUAUAAUUUAAGGUCUUAAUAUACCUCUAAAGACAUACAGUAGUUACGUAUAUUAUAUUGCAUUUCUGUGAAUAGAUCCUCCAAAAACCCUAAACCUUUACAUGGAAAAGAAAAGAGGUACAAUAAAUGAUUGAAUUUUCCUUUUUAGGUGAACUAGCCUUUAAAGUUGAAGUGAAACAUCUGGUAAUGGGUGCUUAGAAACAUUUUGGGGAUGUCCGGCAAACAUUAUUGAUAAUCUGUCACAUUAGGCCCUAAGAAACAGGUUAACACACAGUUUAUGGCAGCUUCCUUGGUUGUACUGAAAGAUGAUAAAAUGUCAGACUCCACUGGAGGACAAAGGCAAACCUCAUUAUAAGAUUUAAUGGUAACACUUUACAAUAAGGUGCUAUUAGUUAACAUUAGUAAAUGCAUUAGCGAACAUUAGCCAACAAUGAACAAUUUAGUUUUCCAGCAUUUAUCCUUGUCAAUGUUAGUUCACGUCAAUACAGUUAUUCAUGUUAGUUCAUGGUGCAUUAACUAAUGUUAACAGUGACAACGUUUGUUUUUAAUAAUGUAUUAGUAAAUGCUGAAAUUAACAUGAAUUAAUAUUAAUAAAUGCUGUAGAAGUAUUGUUCAUGGUUAGUUCAUGUUAUAUGCCUUAACUAAUUGUUAACAAAUAGCACCUUAUUGUAAAGUGUUACCGAUUUAAUAAUAGAACACGAUUAAGUUUCACGUCAUGGAAGUAUCCUGUAAUGGAGUUGUAGAAACAUUGUGAAAAAUACUUACAAAUAUUUUUGUUUUUUUUCCUAUCUUUGUAUCUAUCUUUCCUGUUCAUCUGUAUCUAGUAAAUGAGUUGACCCCCAUGAAAGCUUAAAACUAAAUUUAUGGUACAGUUAUUUGACUUCUGGUCGGGUAAACUGUCUGUAAACUUUUAUGUAUGAAAUAUUUUAUUUUUUUCCAAAUCUGUUUAUCCCAGGUCUGAAAUCAUUUAAAGUCGUUCAUAGACACUUCUCUGGUGCUGCCUCACGUGUAGUGCAUCUGUACAAAAAUAUCAAAUGUGGAAGCAUGCAUUGCCUUUACUCCGUUUGAUACCAUGUCAUUGUUACAUUCGCCUACAAAGUGUUCCACGUACAAACAGUCCGAGUAUUUGUUUACCUUGAUAUCCUUAAUGGUAGAAAAUAGAUGUCGCUAUGGUGUGAACCAGUGCAAGAUGGUUUCUCAUAAAUAGGUAGCUUAGCGCUAUAAUAAUAUGUGGCCUACAUUUCAUGCAAUAUGGCUUGUAUUUUAAGAGAUGUAGCCACCAGGGCCCAUCGUGGCACAGAGACGAAGAGAUUAUGUUUAAAAUUUGUAAUGAUGAAGGUUGCAUCCUCAAAUAGCAGAACUGAUCUAUUAUUGUUAUUUUUAUUCUUGUACUGUAGUGAAUGAUUUGUGCUGCCUUUGUUUUAUAGCCAUUGUUCAGUUUUACUAGUCUGAUUUUGGGAAUGUAUAACCCCCAAACCUGACCUAUGUGUGAUUUACGACUUUAUUUUGGUCACGUGUAUGGUUAAUGCCAUUAUUGAUGCUGAUUGUGAUAAUGAUCUUGUCGCUAUAUGACAUUGUAAUGUAACGGAUGCAUGAUUUGUAAACCCUAAUUGUACAGAUCAUUUAAAUACAGUUGUUGUUGCUUUACGUGUUUCUUCAAAAAGGAUUUUAUUAAAAUCACUUUAAAGACACUGACUUUCUGUUUUUUGAUUGUAUUGUGGGUAAAAUCACCUUUUGCAGAAAAUCUGAUUAUUUUAGGUUAUUCGUGUUCUUUUUAACCUCACAAUUUUAAGUUAAGUUGAAAAGGUCCAUACAGUGUAAUAAAGAAACUAAUUGUGAGAGAAAUGCAUUACUUUAAUAAAAAGCGGUG